AUGACAAAUCCUGGUUCUGUCACAAGGUUACAUAAAUCAGAGGACGGUCGCUUCAUGUAUAUUUUUAUUGCACUAAAUGCAUCAAUCAUAGGAUGGAAAUACUGUUACCCUAUCGUAGUGGUUGGUGGGACAUUCCUCAAAUCAUCACACAGAGGAAGACUAUUAACAGCUAGCGCACAAGAUGCAGCAGGUAAAAAUUUUCCACUAGUAUACACUGUUGUAGAUUCUGAAAGUGAUGCUUCCUCGGAAUGGUUUUUUGAAAUGUUUAGACAGGCUUUUGGGGAAAGGGAAAGGAUGUGCGUCGUAUCGGAUCGUCAUGCAAGCAUAUUGAGGGAUGCUUCGAUUGUGUAUCCAGAGGUAUCUCACUGUGUAUGCAUUUUUCAUCUUUGGAAUAACAUAAAGAAGCAGUUCAAGAAAAACCAUGACCGGUUGAGGGAAGUAUUUUUUGCAAUGGCCAGAGCAUACAAAAUUGAAGAUUUUAAUUGCCUCAUGGAAGAUAUGGACAGCAUUGAUAAGAGGGUAAGGGGUUACCUAUUCCAAGUUGGUUAUGCAAAGUGGUCUAUAGUGCAUUAUACUGUUAAUAGAUCCAUGGUGAUGACUUCAAAUAUUGCCGAGUCACUCAAUGCAAGGAACAAAGAGGCAAGAGAGCUACCAAUCAUGAGUUUGCUAGAUUACAUGAUGAAUUUGGUGAAGCCUUCAACCGAUUAUGUAUAUGUAGUAAUGGAUGCGGAACAAAGGCGGAACAUAGUCUGCAUGCAAAUAAGGGAAUGCUCGUGCAAACGAUUUCAAGUAGAUGAGAUUCCUUGUCCACAUGCUAUGGCAGUAUUGGACUAUACACACAUGAAAGCACCCAAAUAUUGUUCUGCCUAUUACACCAAGGAAUACUUCAAGAAGACAUAUGAAGUGCCAGUUAAUCCACUUUCUGAUGAAACUACAUGGUACCUUCCAACAGAGGUGUUAGAUAAUGUGGUCCUACCACCGAUAGUGAAGGGCAAACCAAGAAGACCGACGAAGUCACGACGCAAGGGACUUUAUGAAUAUCUGUAUACUAAAACUGUUACAUGUGGACUGUGUGGAAAACAAGGACAUAACAGAAAAACAUGCAGGAAUACUCAAGACAACUAA